GACGUCCAAACUUUGAAGAAGCGAACGGGUUUGAUGUUUUUGUGGAAUUUCAUCGAAAAUUUACGAAAUAUUUAGAAGUAACGUAGGAGGAGAUAUAAAAUACUGUAUAUAUACUGUUGUAUUAUAAAUAUGAGCUUUAUUUACGUUUAAAUUUGUGGAAAAUGCGUGUUUAGUUUACAAAAGAAUGUAUUUAUUUUCGAAUAACGUUUAGAAAUGAAAAACAAAAUAUUAGAACGUUUUGCAAAAGUCAGAAUCAUAUUGUAAUGAAUGUAUAAGUAAUAAAUAUAGUUAUGUUAGCAAUCGUCGUUUUUCAUGCGUAUUUUCCUUUAUUUUAACCAAUAAGUGUUUUAAACUUUAAAUUGAUAACAUGUCACAUGAAGUGUCGUUUUACCAUAAUCCCCGUUUUUUUCGUUAUUCUUGCAUAUUAUCCCGACCUAUCUUAUUGUAACUAAAGUGACAAAAGGUGUGAAAAAAAUUAAAAACUUUAAUCCUCAUAAAAGUCGAACUUUUUAACUUGGCUUGUAACCAGAGAAUGUUAGGUUAAACCCGUAUCCACCACCAUUUAACAAUCUUGUAUAAAUUGCCCAUCCAAUUUACAUUAGUAAUCAGAACUGAAGAAUAUGACUUCACACAAAAACUUAUAGUCAGCAGAAUAAUAUUAUAUUAUUGUAUUUGUUCCCCUUUACUUGUUGUUAGUUGUUGCUAUCUGUUUUCGUUUUUAAAAGUCUAAAUUACUCACAUUAACAUUAUACAAAUUUAAAUUGUUGGACUUUUUGCAUGUUAUAUACUUUCUAGCACUUAAUCCUUGAUUAUUAUGUCCUUGUUUUUCGCAGUAGUAAACAGAAUAGAAAUGGCAACUUUGCAAAAUGGGUCUUCCCCCGUUGUUAAAAAGCGAGGCCGCCCGCCGAAGAUUAAACCUGAAAGUGGAGCGACUCCGUCCAAACAAACAAAAAUUACCGACAACAUGAAAAAAACAAAGAGAACUGUGGAUAGAUUCAAAGGAGUCACAAAGGAAGAAUUAAUGACGAGGUUGCUACCAGAUCGAAUAAAACAUGGACUCGAUAUUUUAAUUAUUGGGAUCAACCCUGGUCUGUUUGCCGCCUACAAGGGACAUCACUACGCUGGUCCAGGAAACCAUUUUUGGAAAUGUAUCAACUUAUCUGGUAUGGUUGGGAAACCUGUCACAUCCGAUAAUGAUGUUGAGUUAAUGGAAUAUGGGAUUGGGUUUUCCACCAUUGUACAACGUACUACACCUUCAGCUAAAGACUUGACAAGCAAAGAGAUCCGAGAAGGAGGGAAAGAAUUAAUCGAGAAAAUUAAAAUUUACCAGCCCAAGAUAGCUGUGUUUAAUGGAAAAGGUAUUUAUGAAAUAUUUAGCAAAGAAAUGUUCGGAAAAAAGAAAAAAGAUUUUCUUUUCGGGCGACAAGCUGAACGGAUACCAGGAACUAACACGCAUAUAUUUGUGAUGCCGUCUUCAAGUGCCAGGUGCGCCCAAUUCCCACGCGCACAGGAUAAGGUCCAUUACUACAUACAAAUCAAACGGUUACGAGAUGAAAUAAAUGGUGUUCAACUCAACACAGAUGUAGUGGAAACCACAUAUACCUUCGAUCUCAAAAAAGCAACAGGAUUCCCAUAG